AUGGUACUACCUGUUGCGAAAUGGCUAUAUCGUCCCAGCAUGCUCUUUGAUUGGGAAAGAUUCAGCACACGUACCCCGUGGACUGGUGAAUGUAAAUCAUCUCACCGGUCGGUUGGUCAGACGAGAGUCCACGUGCGCAUGGAGAUGUAUGAUGAUGAGAGCAUUGUCUCUCUGAGGGACAGAGACGUUCUCGCACACACAUUUAGUGAAUACAAUGAUCCGCGCAGAAAGAUGUCGCCACUGGCCAUUGUCUAUGUAUUUACCACUGCCAGUGUUUUAUCUCCAACAGGUGUGGAGGCGGGCGUGGAGUGCGACCUCUGCGGACCUACCUGUGUCCCACGCCCCUCGGGUUCCACCGCCACUCAGACUCCUGCGUCCCCCACCCCUGCGUCGCUCAGUCCCACCACGCCCGCGACACCAGAGUGUGAGGAGAGCGCGCCCACCUCGACGCUUUGGGAGGCUGAUGAGGACGUCGCGGAUUCAGACCACGCCUCCUUCACGCCCCAGCACCGCCCACUCUACCAGAAGAUCGUAGUCCCCGAGGAAGAGGAGGAGGAGGAGGAGGUCGUGGCGGGGGUCGGGGAAGAAGACAUGGCGGUGUCGAGCGACCACGCGCUCUACGCCCCCAAGCCGACGUACGACCAGCUCGACCAGUAUAGGAUGACGAGAAAACUGUCUGUGUUACACGAGGAAGCAGAGGACAUCUCGUGCACUUCCUCCCUGUCUUCCCGCUCGCCCAUUCCGCCAGGACACCUGUCGCCCGGCCCGAUGUCCCCCACAGCCCUCUCCCCCUCCCCCCUGGCCUUCGAGGCGCGGGGCAGGGACGGCGACGAGGCGGCCGAGGACCUCGGCGGGACGGGGCCCCUAGCCGACGACGAGAGGGUUCCUCCGCAGCGGUAUUUGGCGCCCAAGAACAAACUUUCGCUCAAUUUCCUCUCUUCGAACGAAGCCGAGCACAGCGAGGAGAGCAACAGCGCCAGGUCGGGCUCCCCCUUCGCCAUCACGCCGCUGCUGAUGUCCCCGCAAUCCAUAACAUCGCAGAUGCUGGCUCUGGCGUCCCCCGUGUCUCCGUUCUCGUCGUCGUCGCCUUUCACGGCUUCCUUGGAGGACAUCAACGCCACCACCGACCUCGACUCCAGCUUUUUCCGCGAAGUUCACGGGGUACCCGAGGUGCAGCUGAGGGAGGAGGGCAGCGAGCACCGGGAGCUGUACCUGGGCCAGAGGAUCAGUGCUUCUUCGCUCACGGAGGUCACGGAGCUUGCCUUUGAGUCCAGCCCUGACACUGCCGGCCAGAUUCUCUUGGCAGAAGCAGCCUUAGACCAAAACGGUUUCCGUAGAACGAAUGGCAUAACACAUAGUUAUUCGGCUCAAAAUAACCGAACGUGGAAGCAGAACGACGAUGUUUUUACCGCACAGUUGAAAUCACUUACUAGCGAAGACCUUACACAGAUGGACGAAUGUGCGCAGUGUGAGACCCGACCGCUACUGAGCAUCGGAGAAGAGUAUCCCAGAAAAGAGCUGCUGGAACACAAGAGGUGGUCUCACGGCUCACUAGCUCAGCACGUUGCCGCUGGUACUCCAGGUCGGAGCCUCUCUCACUCCCGUCCUCUCCAGCUGGGCGCGGCCACGCCCACCGUCCACAGUCUGGUGGCGCCAUCAUCCGCGGUAGCUUGCUCCGUCAUGGCGUGUUCCGAACCCUCGCAGAGAGACGCGUACGGGGACGUAAACAUCGGCGACCCCUUGCAUCGACGGGAUUCCCUGACGCUGCCCCCGGGUCCUGCGAAGCUGUGGUGGACACCCCGUUCUCGUGCUGCUUCUCCGCUCUUUUCCUCUGCUGAGUCCUCUCCCCUCGGCUCUCCAGCUUACCGCACUCCGCCCGAGGGCUCUCCUUGGUCCACUCCCCGGCCCUCACUUGAGUAUACGCCUGCUGGGGAUCCUCGCAUCGACACCAGCGGCGAGUGGAGCCUCGACAGUGGCCAGUUAGGUGGAACGCCCUUCCACACGCCGCGACCCUCUCUGACUCCACGCCCAUCCCUGGUGCUGGAACCCAGCGAAGGCCCUCCUUGCAUGCUGCUUUUAGGCGGGGACUCGCCGGCACAGGCCCCAGGACUCCCGUGUACCCUCCGCAUCCGCCAGGAUACUGAUUCCCCCGUGGAUGAUAUUUGGUCGCAGACGUACUUUUUCCCUGCCGGCUUAGAUAUUACUCAGGAGCCCUUAACUCCUGGGGCUCCUCCCUCACUGCCAUCUCUGCCUCCUACACCCUAUGGUGGAAACGGAACUCCCGUGGAUACCCCUAGUCCUGCGGCAUCGCCAGAGUGUAAGAGUACGCAAGCCGACAAAGAUUCAGGUGAAGAGGGUUCAGUGCCCCAGCCCUCGCUUCAGGAAUGAAGAGGAGAUCGCAACGUCUUUGCGAGAGAUAAGAUGAUGGAUGUGUCGUUGUGUGUGUUCCGGGUUACACAAGGGUGGUGUUACAGUGAGAAUCUAGUGCCUCUAGUGUCACAUUGAAAUAAGUGAUUGAACUUUCACGUCUCGAGUAUGUACUGGAGCUUGGUGCUUGGCUGGGUGUAGUUAAGUUAGGAUGUUCAGCCGCAUGACGAUUUUCGUCACCAAGAGGAAUAUUUUGUAAUCAGAACAUCCACUCCGCACAAGUCUAUCGUAAGCCAGCCUUGCCUUCCAUGAAUACAUAUACAGUAUAGUUGAUAAUUUCUGAUCGUGUGGCAACUGCUUCAUUCUGUUUCUUAAAUUUCUGAGAACCUGAUCUAUACUGUAAUCAUUUCUCUUGUUCGCCUUUCCGUUUCUUACUUGCACAAGAACAACACAUGGUUGAUCUUAAUGAGUCUAUGCCUAAACUCCUGUAAGAUUUUGCAGUCAGCGAUAACUGGGCCAAAAUUAUAUACUUGAUUUCAUAAUUGUGUGCCAACAGGCAUCAGUAAAAUAAAUACAACCUACCUUUUAAAGAAAAAAAAGCCAGGGGAAAAAAGAAAAAAAGCAGAGCAGUUUGUCGUGUAUCAAGGCGCGGACGGCACUGGCUCCGUCGCGCUGCUAAACCCCUGCACAUUCCAAGUCUUGACUUUGUUCUUGAGCUGUGUAGGAGAGUCGGUGUAGAUAUGUCGUCCGAGGUCAUGUAUGUGUCUUGUGUCAUUUGUAAGUGCUUUUCCAGAGUUCAUUAUUUCUAUAUCGACUCCACUGUUUAGAUAUAUUGUCUACAAAUCUUUUAAGAUACUAUUCUUCUCGUAAGCUCGUAGAUUUUUAUAUUUAAAAAAUAUAUGAUAAAGAACGCGAGAGACCUCUUAUCUAGAGGAAUUACAUUUAUAUUACAACCUUAUCUUGUAUUAUGUGAAGGAUGUUUAGCAAUAUAUCACGUUCCAGUAUAACCACUGUUUUAAUGAGCCUCUGCCCCCCCGUCUACUUAAGCGCUUACAUAGGAUCUGAAGGUAAGAUAUGCACGUCGGGGUAAAACUGCAGUCUCGUAUUUCUCUACUGAAUUGUUUAUUUGAUUUUGUGUUUCUUUCGUUGUUGUUGUUUUAUGUUGUCUUGUUGUUUUAUCGAUAUUUUCCUUGCGAAAGUUUCCUGGUUUGGAUCAAAUAGAGAGGUCAACAUUGAAAACGUAUGUUUGUUUAAUGCACCUUUAUAUGGUUGAACGCAAUUGUAGUGUCUUUGCUAAUGCACCUUAGAUAUCUCUAUUUGUAUAUUUAUUAUUAAAAUGUUCGUCAUUUUCCCAUUAUCAGUACUUCAUGAAAUACCCUCAAUGCGGUGUUGUUUUCCUGAGAGUUAAACGUAUUAGAUUAAGACGAUCGCAUUGUAUUAU